CAAGCAGGAGUAGACCCGACGAAUCAUGAGAAAUCUCUGCUGCAAUGUUGCAUUUUUAAUGCUUGGCUUGUUCAUCGGCCAGAGUGGAGCUUUUUUGAGCCCUCUACCUUCCCAAAAGCUCCUGUCUACGUCAUCCCUCUCUCGGACUCGUCAUGCGCACUCCUUGGUUACGGGGUUGGAUGUGACCUCGACACUGGACAUCUUGCAGCACACCGGAAAUACACUUUUGGCGUACACAGACGACACAAAGCCGACUCUGAACGCUGAGAUCAUCGGUGUCAGCUCCAUUGGUGUCUUUGCUGGUCUUGCGGGCAUCUUUGCGUUGCUGACCAAGAACUUGAAGAACAAAAACUUUGCCUUCACCCUUUCUGAAGACGAGCAAGCGGCAGUGGAUGCAGUGGAAGCUUUGUAUGAUCCUAAGGAGGAGGAUUUGGCUCUAACUGAGGCUGGCACGGUGGGGUUUGUCAGGAGAAAGCAGCUUGCCGAGAAGGCGAAGGAAUCGUACCAACAGGGGAGGGAUGACCGCGAGGUGCGCGACAAGACGCUUUACUACGCAGAAAUCGAUUUAGCCUUCUUGGCAGUCUUGCUCGGAGCAGCGAAUCCAUCUGGAAGCGGGGUAUUCUAUGACCUAGGAUCGGGCGUGGGACGGGCAGUCCUGGGAGCCGCCAAGCUCGCACGGUGGAAGAAAGCCAUCGGAGUAGAAUACCUUGGAGGUUUACAUAAAGAGGCGAUCAAAUACGAAGGGAAGUUCAAGCGAUUGAGGGGAUCCCCAACUCAAUUUGUCAACAAAGAUUUCGUAGACGUCGACUUGUCGGAUGCGGAGGUCGUGUUCAUUUAUGCCACUAAAUAUUCGAGGGACAUCGACGACGUUUUGGCCACAGCGCCAGUAGGUGCUCGCAUCAUCAGUUUGGAUCGACGUCUGAACGCACGACAAUAUAAGUUGCUGAAGACAAUUGAGGACCCCAGGGGGGAUUUGCAGCUAGUGUUCGGAUACGUGUAUGAAAAGACGGCGUAAAUUGAUCACAGAGUGCAGGAGAUCGGGACGUGUGGGAACCGCAACAAAGUUUUUCUAACACACAAGGUCAAAGAAUUGAUUGGUUUUACCAAGACAAACAUAAUGUAUGG